GAAACCUGCUUUACGCGAGGCUCGCCUUAGGCAGGGUCGCGAGCAGUGUUGAGUUCUGCUGCGCCAGCUGCGUUCCGAGCGCAGCAGCCAGAGCCGAGAGGUUUUGAAGUUCGAACCUAGCGCUUUCUGGAAACGCGGACUCCAGUUGCAAAAACUUUCUACACAGUUCCCGUGUAGAUUGUGGAGACAGUGCUGGCAGUAAAAAUGUGCACCAUCACCUCCUGGCCUUUCCAUAAUUUCCAGUAAUGAUGGCAAGAUCAAUAAGAAGUCCUCCAACUCUCCAGAAUGUCACUUUCUAGUAUGGGCCUCCUGGAUACACAAGACAGCGGGCAAUGACAUCUACAGCAGCUGUGGGCACAGUGAAAGGAGGAGCAAAGACUCAGGAGAGAAAGGCUUGCAGAUGAAAUUUGACCUGUAGACUAGAAAGUGGUUCUCAUUUCCAGAAAUGGAACCCUAUUCCUGUGACACUUUUGUGGCAUUACCUCCAGCAACAGUUGAAAACAGGGUUAUUUUUGGAAAAAAUUCAGACAGACUCUUUGAUGAAGUACAAGAAGUAAUUUACUUUCCAGCUGCAGUUCACAAUGAUUUGAAAAAACGUCUUCAGUGUACUUAUAUAGAAGUUGAUCAAGUUCCUGAAACAUUCGCUGUUGUCCUUAGUCGCCCAGCUUGGUUGUGGGGGGCCGAAAUGGGAGCCAAUGAGCAUGGGGUCUGCAUUGGGAACGAAGCUGUAUGGGGAAGAGAAGAUAUUUCUAAGGAGGAAGCACUUUUGGGCAUGGACCUUGUCAGACUUGGCCUUGAAAGAGCUGAUACAGCUGAAAAAGCUCUCAAUGUCAUUGUGGACUUAUUAGAAAAAUAUGGCCAAGGUGGAAAUUGUGCAGAGGGUGAAGAACUUAGCUAUUAUAACAGUUUCCUGAUAGCCGAUAGGAAUGAAGCGUGGAUUCUGGAGACAUCAGGGAAGUACUGGGCAGCAGAAAAAGUCCAAGGAGUCCGUAAUAUUUCCAAUCAGCUUUCCAUAACAACCAAGAUUGACCGAGAACAUCCUGACAUGAGAAACUAUGCUAAGCAGAGAGGGUGGUGGGAUGGCAAGGAGGAGUUUGAUUUUGCUGCAACAUAUUCUUAUAUUAACACGGCUACAAUGAUGACUUCAUCAAGCAGAUUCUGUCAGGGCUACAGGCUCCUGAAUAAACACAAAGGAAACAUAACUUUUGAAACAAUGAUGGAAAUUCUUCGAGAUAAGCCGAGUGGCAUCAACAUGAAGGGAGAAUUCCUGACCACCGCGAGCAUGGUGUCUAUUUUACCUCAAGAUUCCAGCCUUCCCUGCAUUCACUUCUUUACAGGGACUCCGCAUCCUGAGAGGUCUGUUUUUAAGCCUUUCAUAUUUGUACCACAUAUUUCACAACUGUUGGAUACAAAAUCACCAACAUUUGAACUUGAAAGACCAGUGGCAAAGAAGCCACAUGCCAAACCUGACAGAAGACACCCACUCUACCAAAAACAUCAAGAGGCCUUGGAAGUGAUGAGUAACAAUAAGGAAAAAGGCAAGACAAUGUUGGACAACAUGAGGAAGCUGGAAAAAGAAGUAUUUGAAGAGAUGGAAAUGGUCCUCCGAAACAAACAUCUUGAUGUGGAUAAAACCGUUAAUCUCUUUCCUCAAUGUGUAAAAGACGAAAUUAAAAUUUAUCAGUCAGAUAUUAGUUCUUAGUGAUUACGUAAGUGGUCAGAAAUCUUUCUCACUGCCCUGGCAAAUGUUACAAAGCUACUUUAAGGAGAUGUGAUUAUUCCUUCAUAGUAUAAGUGAUAUUUUGACUGCUAAAACCACAGUAGUAUUUGCAUGAAGCAUCACCAUGAUGCAUGGGCUGUGUUUAUAGUACUCCUGUAGUGCCCUGGAGCCAUUUUCUCAGUUAGGAAAGCUCAGGGCUGCUGCUGCUUUUUAGCAAUGAAAACUAUGGCAAGUGCGUUUUUGUGCUUUAAGCAAGUGACAACCAGCUUUAACAAGAAAAAUGUCCAGAUUUACUCUGUUUGAUGCUGCAGUGCGUUCUACAGAAGCACUUUCAGUGAACUCAGAAGUAACCUUUGUCAAGACUUGACUGAGCAGCGAACUUGUGGCUCUAAUUCUGCUCAAGUUCCCUCCCUCAUCCCCUCAGAAACUGUCUGUCCUUCGGUUUUCCGUGUAGUUUUCCUUCUUUCAGAGUGCUGUGCAGUCGGAACCUUAUAGUAUGGCUCUUCAGAGUGACUUCUUCAGCACGCAGCUCUUGCCAUGCCUCUCUGUACCGUGUCACCACUAAAGGGCACCUUGGCUGCUUCCAGAUUUUGCCCAGUGUGAGUGUGUGAAGUGUGUAUGUGAAGUGUGAAGUGGCUGUGCAGCUGUAAGUAUUCAGCCCACUUUGCGUCAAACCGAGAUGCUACAGAUCCUGUGGUGUGAGACACCGCCACGCUCUUCCAGACAGCUUCCAUCCUCUGUGUCCUCCAGCAAGCAGCGCUGUCCCGUCCUGGCCUGUUGUCACUGUUUUGGAAUUUGGCCAUUCUGAUAUGUGAAAAGUUUUUCGCUUACUUAUUCGGGUAACAGGAUUGAACCUAUGACCUUGCACUUUGGUUUUCAAUUUAAUUUGUGAUCCCAAAUGGCUUAUGAUGCUAAGUUUCUUUUUGUAUGCUUAUUUUCCAUUUGUAUACCUUCUUUGAUGAGGUGUCCAGAUCUUGGCCCAUUCUCUAAUUAAGAGCUUUUUAUUUAUUUUGCACCUUACUAAGGAGUCUAAACUUUUUUAUUUAAAUAUUUUUGUGUAUAGGCAUUUUGCCUCCAUUAUGUGUGUGUGCCAAGCACAUGCCUGGCACCCUCAGAAGGUGUGAGAGCCUUUGGAACUAGAGUUACAGAUGGGUGUGAGCCAUCAUGUGGGUUCUGGGAACCAAACCCAGGUCCUCUGCAAAAAGCUGCUCUUGACCACCAGCCAUCUCUCCAGCCCCUCCCACCAUCAAGCCUGAAAUGCUUCAAAGCUCAUUGUUUGAGGGUAAAGUCUCAAUCCUUAACAGAUGCCAUCAAGGCCAUGCUCUUGAUUAUCUGCCCUUCCUGCAUCUCAGGACGUGUUUGCUAUCAGUUUUUGUUUCAGCUGCGUUGCUCUCUGAGUCCGUAAGUGUGUGUUCCUUCUUCAUGGCUGCACCCUCGGCUUGGACCUCCCUCCUAUAGGAGUUCUUUUCAGCCUAUGAGCGUCUUCCUUAUAAUCAAGAUUCUAUAUGGCUCUAAAUUAAUCAUGCAUUUAAUUAUUUCAUAGAAUAGACGUUCCAUGGAAGCCCACUGUUCAGUAUUCUGAUUGCUUUGCUAGUAUAUAAUAGCUGCUAAAUGGCCAUCCAAAUACUGGUGGAAAGAAUUUAUAUAGACCUUUCUACAGAAAUGUAAGGCUGAGUAAAUUAGCUAGAUAACUUAUCUGUAUAACUUGGUAGCCUCGUAAGUCUCAACCCCCAAAACACAAGGAUUAUAUGGAUUUGUGGGUUAAUUUUUAGAGGUUUUCAGUGUGGAUACUCAUCUUGGUAAUUAAUGCCUUGGAGUGUAUUUCAGAAAUUUUAAUGUUUCUUAAAAUGUUUUCUUGUAGUAAAGAAAAAAAUAAUAAACUUAGUUAUUUUCCGUAAAA